CUGCUUGCUCGGAGAGCCACAGGUAGCCACCAUGGCAGGAGAGCGCGUGCGGCUCUACGUCACCGGCCAGUUCCUCGGCUACAAGAGGGGAAAGUCCACCCAGUACACCCACACCGCUCUGGUGAAGGUGGAUGGCGUGAACACCAAGGAUGAGACGGAGUUCUAUCUGGGCAAGCGCGUGGCGUAUGUGUACAAGGCCAAGACAGAGAAGAAGGGCAGCAAGUACCGCGUGAUCUGGGGCAAGGUGACCCGCGCCCACGGCAGCGUCGGCACCGUGCGCACCAAGUUCCAGAAGAACCUGCCCCCCGCAGCCAUCGGCAGCAAGGUCCGCGUGCUCCUCUACCCCAGCCGUGUCUAGGCCGCAGCAGCCUUGGGCUUUGCAGCGGUACUGACGGCAGCGGCGCGACACGUAGCAGCGCGGAGGCAGCUGGA